AUGCUCACUUUAUAUUUCCUUCAGUCCUCACGGGCUUUCCGCACAGCGUGGUUGCUUGAGGAACUGGGUGUUGACUAUGAGCUGAAGUUUGCGGAGCGCAGAGCCGAUGGUUCCGUUCCUCCAGAGCUCGGAGUUCCUACUGCCAAAGGGAAGGCACCAGCAAUCCAGGAUGGUAACCUCAUUCUAGGCGAGUCUGGUGCGAUUGCAGAAUACCUCAUCGAGAAAUACGAUACGACGCAUCGGCUUCUUCCUACCCAGCCCGAGAAGCGGGCAAAGAUUCGCGAACUCAUGUGGGCUGCUGAAGGCACCUUGAUGCUUCAUGCCGAAGGGGUUUACUCUGCCCGUUUAGCGGCUCCUGCGCAAGUCGCGCAUGAGAUUGAAGCGAAGUUGGCUAUGUCUGUACAGCUUGAUCUGGAUUGGCUUGAAAAUACCUUGCAAGAGACCUCAACUAGGUACAUUGCUAGCGACGAUGUCACGGUUGCAGAUACCAUGAUGGCUUUCUCCGUUAUGGACAUAUUCGCUCUCAAGCUGGCUCCUGCCGGAAAGUCGUGGCCGAGGAUCAACGAGUGGCUCAAGAUUGUCAAAUCCGGAGAAGUCUACCAACGUGCUGUGAAGAGAACAGGCCAUCAUUUCUAG